GUUUGCUGGCACCCAAAUUCAAUCAUGUUGCGGCACGCACAAGCGGUGGCGACAACGUCGCAACUAACGCGGCGAUGGGGAGUGUCGUGGGGCGGCGCUCGGUCACGCUUUAGCAACUGGAGUUUCGUGUCUGGCAUGGUGUCGUUGCCGCAUCCAGAGAAGAAACAGGGCGAAGACUCUGCGUUUUGCACACCAACGGCACUGGGUGUGGCCGACGGCGUUGGCGGAUGGGCUCGAAAGGGCAUUGAUUCUGGCGCUUAUUCUCGCAUGCUCAUGGCUGCGUGUGAAUCCAGCACGUUGACGAAUCCCAAGGAUCGACUAACCGAAGCCUACCGUGCAACCAACGUACCAGGCAGUUCCACGGCGUGUGUCGUGCACUUGAAUGGCACGUCAUUAAGCACAAUCAACGUGGGCGAUUCUGGGUUCCUCAUGUGUCGGCAGCAGGGAGACAAUAAAUGGUCGCUAUUGUAUGCGUCGCCGUCCCAAUGUCACUAUUUCAACUGUCCAUUCCAGCUCGGCAUGGGUAGCCGCGACACUCCCGAGCACGGCGACGUCCAGACGCUACCCGCGCAGCCCAACGAUCUCGUGUUGGUGGCCACGGACGGCCUCUUUGACAACUUGUCGACGCCCCACCUUCUCGAGCUGUUGAACCUCAUUUCUGCUGAAAGCCUCGUGCAAGGCCACGACGCGGUACAAGCCAUGGCCUUUAUGGCGACGACAGUGGGGGACGUCGCCCAUGACGUGGCGAAAUCGCAUACCCGGCUCACGCCGUUUGCGUUGGCCGCACGCCAAGCCGGCUACAAGGACACCGCCGGAGGAAAGAUGGACGACAUCACGGUCGUGGCGGCGCUCGUCCAGGAGUAGAGUUCAGAAAAAGUCGAUUAUGUAUAUUAAUACAAGCUUGUAAUGCAACAACGAUGUCGCCCAUUGUGGUUCAGUCGGCCAAACACCUCAAACCCAUCCGAAGAGCACGACAGACGCGACGACGGUGGUGGUUGGAAGCCAAUGGCCUGCCGCCCAAGACGUUGUCGUUGCCAAGGGCGCAGCUGUCGCGGUGUCGUCGCUAGUCGCCGUGGUCACUGGAACGGACACCGGCUCGAUCGUAGUGGUUGUGGGCGGCUGGCACGAGGCCACCACGCGGCGGAUCAUAAAGUCGAGUGACACAGGAGCACUGUUCGGCACCGCCACGGUGCAAUUGGGCAAGUCCAGUGCCACGAGCGAGUUGAGGGCGGUCGUGCACGUGGGCUGCGUACACAACGCCUGCGUCUGCUCGGCCGUGGGGUACGACACGGGGGGAACCAGCGGGUAUUUGCUGUCGGUCGUGCAGUUUUGAAUGUCUGCCAAGUACGGCAGAAACACCAGCGCGACAGUGGGGUAGUCGCAAGGCUUGUUGCCUUCCAAGAGGUUCAGCAUGGGGGGUUGAGUGUCCACAAUCAUGUUGUCGUUUUGUCGUUGGGACGUUGCGACAGACAUCAACAACACGAGCAGCGCGGAUUGAAGGAAGAUGGACAUGUCGAAUGUAG